AUGGAACAAGUAAACUCGCUCAACGGGAAGAAAAUCCAGCAGCUCGAAAUUUUUACAAAGUUUGCCAGUGCUCUCGUUGAAGAACAGCAAAAGCUACAGGAUCCGUAUUGUUACAUUAGCAAUGAUAAGGAAGAGCUAGCGGCAGGUGGACCUUCUCAAAGGGCUUUAGUAGAAAGAAUACAAGAAAAACAUAAGGAGGAUGAAAUGGAUUCGGCGCAACUGAUUUUAAGGUACGAUGACUUCGUAAACUUAAUCACAAGCUCUAAAAGACUUUAUUCGAAGUUUACGGACCACUCAUUCAAUUUGAAUCAGAUAUCGCAAAAUGCCUUCGGCUGUAUCUUCUUCGCGAUUGACGAGAAUAAUAAAGGAUACUUGACGUUGAAUGACUGGUUUCAUUUCAAUAAUUUGCUAGAGAACGAUAAUUACCACCUUAUAAUUCUUUAUGAAUUUUUCAGAAAGUUUGAUGUGGAAAGAAUAAAAGCAAAGAAGGAAAAAGUCAUAGAAUGGGCAAAGCGUAGAUCGUUACCUUCAGCAGGACUGAGCGCAGAUGAUAUUCGAGUCAAAUCGAUCAAUUACGAUAAUAAAUUUUUAAGUUUUGAUGACCUUUUUCUCAACCUGAAGCAGUUCAAAGAGACUAUCAAUCUCUUGCAUGAAUCUGUCCAGGAUGAAUUUGCCAAGAAAAACAAUUUAUUUUUGGAUUGGAAUACUCUUAAAUUUUUAAAGUUUUAUGAGUGCUCUCCGUAUGGUAAUAAAGAAGGACCGCAUUUGAGUUUGAAUUCGAUAGUAACAAUCCUUCAAAAUGACCUCAAGAAUGAAAAAUUGUUUUUAGGGUUUGAUAAGCUUUCCCAUAUUGAUCCAUGCAGAAACUGCUUCACUUUGAGUAAAAACCAAUUGGUUUAUCUUCUGAAGCUUUUCUACUCGCAUAGAAUCCCAGCUGACGUUUUCGAAUCGUUGAAUCUCACAAAUACAAAUUUAAUAAAAUCUCAUAAUAACUCCAUCGCAUUCAAUGUUUUCAAAGACAUAUUCUAUUUGUUCCAAAAUUUUGAUUUGCUAAAUCAAGCUUUGAUAAAGAAUGCGACGAUGAAUGAUUAUUCAGAACGUGAUUUAAGAGAAGGGGUCAUUAGCAAAUCCGAUUUUAUGUCAAUAUUGAACACACAGUACAAUAGGGUAAACAAUAUAAACGAAUUUUCCCCAUCACAAAUCAACCUUCUCUUCUCCAUCGUUGGCAAUGCAAAGGAGAAUAACAAGAUUCAAAAACUAAGAAUGCAUCACCAAGACUCCCGCAUAGAGGACUUUAUACAAAAUGAAUAUGCUCACGGAAUCAGUGGUCAUGAAAAGAGGUUGGAGUCCUUCAAUAGCAACUAUCAGGAACUUGCUGCGGGGUUUGAUCAAGAUUGCUCGGUAAAAAAUUCACCAUCAUACACGUCUAAUGGUGUCUUCAGCUUUCUUUCCAGCAAACAAGAUAAUUCUCAAGUGACUUAUAAUUUGACUACAGAGGACUUUAUGAAAAUCUUGAAUCCUAAUUAUUUAAACGAUUUGGUUCAUCAGAUGGAACUUCACCGAAUUCAGCAAGCGUCACUAUACACCAACUACUACUUCUAUCCGAUCUUCGAUUCUAUUUAUAAUUUCUCUUUGGGUUCUAUUGCGGGAUGCAUUGGAGCCACAGUGGUUUAUCCAAUAGAUUUAGUGAAAACGAGACUUCAAACCCAAAGAUCUGUUACUCAGUAUAAGAAUUCCAUCGACUGUUUUGUCAAGAUUUUCUCAAGAGAAGGUAUCCGGGGCCUGUACUCGGGGCUGGGACCGCAACUGAUGGGUGUCGCACCAGAGAAAGCUAUCAAAUUGACAGUGAAUGAUUAUAUGAGAAAAACCUUGGGUGAUAAGAGUGGCAAGCUAAGUCUUACACAAGAAAUUGCUUCAGGUGCGUCUGCAGGUGCAUGUCAAGUCGUGUUCACCAAUCCCUUGGAAAUUGUCAAAAUUCGACUUCAAGUGAGAUCUGAAUAUGUCACCGAGAACAUCGGGAAGUCGCAGGAGACUGCUUUUGAAAUUGUCAAGAAAUUGGGAUUUACUGGAUUAUACAGAGGUAUAUGUGCCUGCCUAAUGAGAGAUGUUCCUUUUUCAGCUAUAUAUUUUCCAACUUACGCUCACAUAAAGCGAGACAUCUUCAACUUUGAUCCUCAGGAUGAUACAAAGAGAAGCCGUCUUAAAACGUGGGAACUAUUGUUGGCGGGUGGACUUGCAGGAAUGCCGAGUGCCUUCUUAACAACUCCCUUCGAUGUGAUCAAAACCAGAUUACAAGUAGAUCCUCGUAAGGGUGAAACUCCUUAUGGGGGGAUAUUGCACGCAGCAAAGACAAUAUUAAAAGAGGAGAGUUUUCGAAGUUUUUUCAAAGGUGGAGCUGCCCGUGUCCUGAGAAGCUCUCCCCAGUUUGGUUUCACAUUGGCAGCUUAUGAGCUAUUUAAGGGAUUACUUCCACUUCCAGAUGACAGAAACAUUGAAUCUUUGGAGGCAGAUGAUGAGAUCCCUACGGUCACGAAUUCAUUUACAUCAUUUUUUAGUGACCUAAGCCUUUCAUCGCAUCCGACCUCGUAUAUGCCAACACAACCGGAGUUUUUCAGCCCGAUUGUCGAUCCAUACAGCACCAAUUACCUGAAUUAUUACUAUAAGAGUUGUCAAGUGGCGAAGUUAUUUAUUGACCUGGAUAAUAACUUCUCAAAAUUCGAUUUUAGGGUGUAUUCAAAGUUCCAUGACUAUCUGAAAAGAAUUGGUUCCUCCAAGAAUUAA